CCUGUAUCCUCCCUGCCGUACAGACUUCAUAAAUUCCUCCCACAUGGUCCCAGCGCUACUUCCUGUCCCAUUUCCGAAAAUGGCAGCGCUCCUGGGCCGGAGGCUGGCGCCUCGCCUGGCCGCAGCCCCCCGGCACAUUCACUGCGGCGCCGCCCGCCCGGCCGUGGGGCAAUGGAGAGCCCAGCAGGGACUCGCCCCCAGCUCGGCCGGCUACGGGCCUCUCCGGGAUCUACCUGACUGGUCCUUUGUAGACGGGCGCCCCGCCCCCCUGUGGAAGGGCCAGACCCGCCGGCGGCAGGAAGACGAGGCCUUUGCGCGGCGCGUGGCCAUGCUGGACCAGGAGAUGGAGCGAGGCCUGCAGCGCUGGCAGGUCCAGCAGCAGGAGGCCAAGGAAAGCAAGAGACAGAACCAGCUGCAGCCCAAGGGGGCCGCCCUGCGUCGGGGCAGCCCCCCCCAAUAAAUCCCUGCGCCCCCAG